GCAGAGAAUUCGAGAGUCCAUUAUGGAUCUGUUGAUUAGAACACAGCGUAUCAUUCAUCUGUCUGUAAGUGAAGCUUAGUUAUCAUCGAUAAUUCACAUGAUUUAGUUUCUUCCACCAAGCGUCAAAUUUAAUUUCUCCGCUUAAACCACUUCCCUUCGCUCUCUCUCGUUCUCUCAACAAGAACAAGAACAAUGACAGCUAUUUCGAAUUCUUUGGUUCCAACGAGAAAUCCUGGGGUUCAUCCUUCACCUGGCUCACUGGACAACCGUCUCCAGAUUACUGCCCCUACCAAGUUGUCAUUCAGUGUGAAUUGCCCAGGAAAAGUGCAAGUUACUACCUCCAGAAGGCCGCUCACAGUUAAAGCAGCCAAUAGUGAUGGUGGCAGGCCAAGCAGUGCGGGAAUCUUUGUUGGUGGCUUUGUUUUGGGAGGACUUAUAGUUGGUGCACUUGGUUGCGUAUAUGCUCCACAGAUUAGCAAGGCAUUAGCUGGUACUGACCGUAAAGAUCUUAUGAGAAAACUCCCUAAGUUCAUCUAUGAUGAAGAAAAGGCUCUGGAGAAAACCCGAAAGGUAUUAACUGAGAAGAUUGCACAACUGAACUCUGCCAUUGAUGAUGUUUCUGCCCAGCUCCGAUCAGAAGAUGCCCCAAACGGCGUGGCAGUGAACUCUGAUGAAAUUGAAGCUGCCGUAUAAGAUGAACACUGUUUAUGUUGCAGUAUACCACAUCUCACCGACUAGUUAAAAAAUAAUAGCCAAACUCAUUUUGAUGUUUUCUCCUCUUAGUGAGCAAAGUUAUUUUCGCUCAACUGUAUGUCGCGUGGUGGCUCAAGUGAGUAUAUAUAAUUUGACUUUUCUGAUGCACCAUUUGGACCUGAAUGCUCCCAACACUACCUGUAAUUUGGUCCCUGGAUUGCAUGUCAUGAAAUGUGGGGAAAAUCUAUGGUUUAAUGCCUUAUAAUAUUCCUUGGCACUAAAUUAACAAA